ACUGUAACUAUUGAGUGUCGGCAAACUGGGUGUCGGCGAAUUGGGUGUCGGCGAACUGGGUGUCGGCGAAUUGGGUGUCGGCGAACUGGGAAUACACCAAAUUAUGUAUAUAGUAAAUACAAAUUCAACAAUGAUUACUCAGGUGCUGUGCUGGCAAAUAGAUUAACCAAAGUCAAUGGUUGGAGCGUUCUUCUAAUAGAAGCUGGCGAUUAUGAAACAAUUCUAACAGACGUGCCUGUGUUGGCCGCCAACCAUCAACUUUCCAAGAUUGAUUGGAAUUUUACGACCGAACCUCAGGAUACAGAUGUUGUACUCAUUUGAUAAACAGAGAUUUGACAGUCUUGUAAAG